AUGAGUGUCAAGAGAGAAAUAUCUAUUUCCAAGUUACUUAAAUUCUUUAUUUUCCUCAAUGCAAUAUCACUAUUGAUUCUUUUACGUCCAUUACGAAUAUUUUCAAUUUAUCCGAAUCAAUUUUCAAUAAAUGAGUCAAUCUCAACAUCCAUCUAUCCUUUCUCUAUUCCUAAAGUAUACAAAGAUUCUAAUAAACUUCAAAAAAUUAAAGAAGAAUUUAAAUUUGCUUGGAAAAAAUACAAGAAGUAUUGUUGGGGAUAUUCAGAACUGUUACCAAUACAAUUAGAAUGCAGAAAUAACAUCGAUGGACUCACUAUAGUUGAUUCUUUAUCAACAUUAUAUAUAAUGGGGUUAUAUGACGAAUUUAAUUACUCGAGAGACUAUUUAAAGACCAAAUACAAAUUUAACGGAACGUGGAGCACAUUCGAAACCAUUAUUCGAUUUCUUGGCGGAUUUUUAUCUGCUUAUCAAUUAUCAAAUGAUCCUUUUUUCUUAAACAUUUCUAAACAACUAGGUAGUGAAAUAUACGAACUUUUUGAUAAGAAUACAGGUCAAAUUUGCUUAGAAGCAAAGUUUGAAACUGAUAAUGAAGGAAAAAUUUCAGCAGAGUGUAUUGGCGACUAUGGAGGUGCACUUGCUGAACAAGGAUCAAUGCAGUUAGAAUUCAUGACCUUAGCAGAGCUUACAAACGAUCCAAAAUACAUAGAAUUAUCAACUCGACUUUAUAGACACUUAUGGACAAAAUUUCCAGGAAAAGUCGGUAUCGUUGAUGUAAAUCAGUCGAAUUCUUCCGAUAUUAUUCGAAUCACUGGAGGAACAGAUUCAUAUUACGAAUAUAUCAUAAAAAGCUACAUUUUAUCCGGCCGAACAUCAUCCAAAUUACUUGAGAAACACAUGAAAUACUUAGCAAUGAUAAAAGAGAAAGCAAUAGGAAAAGUUAAUAAUAUUACCAUUCUUCACGAUUAUGACGAUGGUAAAAUAAUCUACCGGAUUAGACAUUUAUCCACAUUUUAUGCUGGUACAAUUGCAACAGGAGCAGUUAAAGAAAAUUCUGAAUGGAAUUCUGAUCUCAACAUUGCAGAAGAGUUAACUCACGGAUAUUAUAAAUUAUAUAAUCUAUUUAAGACGGGUCUUGGUGCCGAUAUGUUUGACUAUGAUUUUGACGAUGGAGAAUAUAUUAUUUCAUUUUGGUCCGAAUCAUAUGUUUUACGUCCAGAAACAAUUGAAUCCAUAUACUUACUCUGGAAAUUUACUGGAAAAGAGAUAUCUAGACAGUAUAAUUGGGAAAUUUUCAAAAGAAUUGUUAAAUAUUGCAAAGUUUCCAACGGAUAUGUCGGUGUUUAUAAUGUUAAUGGAUCAAGAUGGAGUCUAAAGGUUAUGGAAAGUUACUUUUUGGCCGAAACAUUGAAAUAUUUGUACUUAACUUUCGAAGAUAAUGAUUUUAUUCACCCAGAUGAAUGGAUUUUUAAUACAGAAGCACAUCCACUAAGAAUAUGGGACUAUAAUACAUCUCAAAAAUGGAAAAAGUAUCUAGAUUUGUCAGAUAUCCCUUAA